GUCACAAAUCAUUUUUUUUACAAGGGUGAAGUUUAUUAAAGCAAAAGAGGUUCGAACAAAAGAGGUUCGAACAAAAGAGGUUAGUCACAAAUCAUGAACUUCAAAGUCCAUGACUGAUUUCCACCAAAAGGUGUAAGACUUUCAAGUUUGUGAGGCCCACGGAUUUGGACCCUUAAAAUCCAUGGGAUUCACAUAUUUGUUGCCCCUGCAUAAUUGUAGCAAACCAUGGAGUUUGGACAAAGUCCAUUGUAAAUUCAAAUUCACCACAAAAUCCAUCAAACAAACAACCCCGAAAGUUCAAUCUAUUUAGCAGGUAUUUAUAGGGAUUCAGGUAGCCUCAAACAUGUGGGUCAUAUUAUAUGAAGAAGAAAAAUAGUUUGGGCAUAUUAUUGAACUACCAUGCAUUUGAUGAUCUUUAAAUUCGUGUUACAAAGAGAAGUGUCUUUCAUUAUGUGAUUUGAUCACUCUUCUAGUAAUCCAGUUAAGACAGUAAUGUCUAAAGAGGCUGGAGAGAAUAAUUAGCAUCAUCGACAUUUCACCGUGUACUAUUAGUAAAAGUUGGAGAUCAACUAGUAAGUUGCUAUGGUGGAAAGAAAAUUAUGAUAUAUGUUUUACUUAGUAAGCCAGUAUAGUGAAAACUGAGUCGUGUCAUAUGUUGCUUUUAUCGUUCUAUAUCGCAUUGAUCCUUUCGAAAGUUGAAAGUAUCCUACACAUUAACCAAUGGCAGGAUUCCUGAAUAUCAUUUGUGAUUCCCUAAGUUCUCCAAGUUUUGUGUUCAUUUUUCCACAUCCCAAAAAGCCAAGGCCCAAGACACUUUGAUACCUUUUUGUUGUUGGUAAGGUCACAUAUUGAUUCUGAUCUUCUAGAAUGCAAUGAAAAUCAACUUACUUACUGUGGCCAAAAGGAAAUCAUUUACAAUGUCAAUAUCUGAAAGAAUUGGGUAAGUUUCUCAAAGGGUUAAACAACACUUUCCUGCACCCCAUUGGCAAGAAGUAAAAGGCACAUCAUUCCAUGUAUAAUUGGGGGGUGGCCACAACCCACAGUACGACAAGAUAAAAAGCAAAGGAAAGGAGAAAAAGAGAUUUCUGAUUUCUCUAAACUCAGCCAUGCCCAAAUCUGGCAUCCCUAACCAACCAAAUUGCAAAAGUCUGUAUCUGCAGAAUCCCACCUCCCAAAGAAAGAUUGGAAAUUUUGAAGGGCUUUGACACAAUGAACAUCUGUGACAGAUGCCCGCAUAUUCUCACCCCAAAUGAAAGUCAAAUUUAUCGCUUUGAAGUUUACACAUGCUAACUAUAUUAUAUGCUUUAAUCGACUAUUAAUAUUGAGAGUUUGUAAGCAUUUAAACACGAGAAAUCCCAUCUAAUUAUCAAAAAGUAUUCAAAUAUGAAUCAUAUACCAUUCAUUUACACCUGUAUAUCCAUAUCCACACUUCCAUAGUACCUCAAAUGUUUGGCAUCAUUGUGCUUCUUCUCUUUUUUCGUUUUUCCUUCCCACAAUCCCCAUUGUUUUACUUUCUCAAACUUUAGAUGCCAAAUUUUGAAAGAGGUCAAGAAAAGCUACCCUGUGGCAGCAUUGUAAAGGUAAAAAAAAAAGAUAAGCAAUGAAUGGUAAUAAUUAAUACACACAUAUAUUCCAAUGGGUAAGUAGGCCAGAAAAUCUAAUAUUCCACUAAGAAAGGGAGAUUUACAUUAAUUAAAGAGAUUGUGUGAUCAAAUUCUAGCUCACUUUUCAUUGUUCAGUUUUGUGUAUGUGGCAUGACAGGGUUUGUACGGGUGUAAGCUUAGGAUCCAAAAUCAAUGGCAAAUACAGUGUCACAUCGGCCCAUUAGGGCAUAUAAUAUUAGUUAGAGAAUGAGAGGAAUCAAAUAAUUAAUUGACUUCAAAUCUCAUAUCACGAUCCUUCAUUGUUAGAAACAAGUGCAACAAACCCACUUCACUAUAACGAGAGAUUAAGGCACAAGUACUCUUCUCACAACUAAGCAUGAAAUUAUGUUAGAGGUGAUUGACUUAAUAAACCAUUCAUUCUAUUAUGUUAUAUAUUGACGAGGAUUGAUUCGUCUUAUUCGAUCCUCAUUUCGUUAAGUUUCGUUGUAAUUUAACUAUUCAAGUAAUGUAUGUAUAAUAAGACAUACCUUUUUAUCGAAAGUUUGACUCUUGAUCGACUAUCACACUUGAUAUUUAUCUCGAUGAUCGACAACCCACUUCACUAAUGACAGAUUAAGACAUUACUCUCCUCACAGCUAAGCAUGAGAUUGUGUUAGAGAUGAUCAUUAGCUUCGUGAACCAUUUAUUCUAUUAUAUUACUGACAGAAAUUCAUCUUCUUUUGAAUCUCAUUUUAACAAGUUUCGAAGUAAUUUACGUCAUGUAUGUAUAACAAAACAAUUCUUCUUAUAAAAAAAAGUCGACUUUUGAUCAGCUACCGCGCACCUGUCUUUUAUCUCGAUCGAUGAACCGACUCGUGCCGAGAUCCUAUAGCUAUGAUAGGCCACGUAGAUAACAUAUAUAGAUAAGACAUGAAUGAGCAAAAUUGGCGGGCACUCCAAAGUUUCUAACUUUUUUUUUUUCUCUAUAUGCUUUCUGCUUACUGUUCUGUAGCCAAAGCUUUGGUUUCUACCGGCAGAAGGUUACUCCAGUUAUAAGCUAACAUUGCCUCCUCUUCCCCUUUUGGUUGGUGAGGCUGUGGAAUGGUCCAAUAGGGAGACGGCUUCUUGGUCACUAAACCAAGCUUUGUCAAUAUUGUUAAUGUGUAUGGAUUAUGGACCAUCGAUACUCCAAAGUGGGGAAAUGAGGCUUAUGAAAGAAUAAUUCCAAGAAGCAUAUUAAAAUCCUCAUUGAUGAAAACCAUAAUGUGUAUGAGGUAGCAAGUUCAAAUCCUUGCACUAGUAUAAACCAUCAAAAUUUUGACUCGUCGAUAAAGAUAGACUUCCUUGUGCAAAAUAAAUGUAUUGGCUCAUCCAAAUUAAAAAUAAAAGAUAUCAUAUAGACCAUCUAAAGAGUCACCAAAGAAUUAAGCCCCAUUAAUAAGUCAGAGGAAGAGGAUUCAAGUCAAGGUGGAGAUUUGUUGAUGUGACUUGAAUCAGACUAUCAGCCGCUACGACUGGUAAUCGGAGGUCCCGCUGUGUAUGGGCUCAAUGUUAUUUGGGUUCGGGUCCUGGGCCUGGUCUGUAACCGUUUCCUUCGCCAUAUUGGAUUAGGUUUAGCCCACAUGGAGUAGUACUAUAAAUACUUCCCAUACUCCUCUGUAAUCUGUAAUCUCCUCGAUAUAGUGAAACUGGCUCUCUCUCGCCCGUGGACGUAGCUAACACACAUCGUGUUAGUGAACCACGUAAAUCGUGUGUGUGUUUUUUCGAUUCAUGCUUUCGUAUUCUUGCUUUAUCGAUUCCGGCGAUUUCCCGAUCCGUAGCAUCGCGUUUAUAACAAUAAGAGAUUACGAUAGUACUUUAAUUAAGGUAUUGUCUGUUGAAUUUGAGUGAGGGACUUAAAUUGAGAAUCAGUUUAAAAUAAUAGUUCAUAUAAACUAAUUAGGGUCUAUGAGGCAUUCUGUUACUAACUUGAUUGACUUGGGACACUAAUUUGGGUGAAGUAGUUCAUUUAGCAUUUUAGAUAAAAGUGAUAAUUGUAUUAAGUAUUUCAAACUUUGAUCACAAUAUCUGGAUAGUAAGUUGCUAAUAACCAAAAGUUCAAUGACAAUUUAGGCAAAUGAUCCAUAUCUUGUAUUUUAUGUUAUAUUUUGUUUGGCAUUUUUUUAUUGUUGUGUUGCAUAACUAACAUGAUACAUGUGAGUGUAGUACUCCAUCAUUUUUUAUAUGGAAAUUUGGAGGGUUCGGUUUACCAUUAACUACAUGAUUAUUAGGGGUUUGAUUUCUGCCUCUUUUGUUCCCUUUUACUCCUCUUUGUUUCAUUUCAAUGGUGGUGGGUCACUUAUUUCCUAACACUAAUUAUUGAUGUCUUAACUUAAACACUCAAUUCCUAACGAGAAUUGUGGGCAUCUAGCUAGCUCACAAAAAUAUCUAAGUCGUGAUUACACUAUCAUGUUGAUGAAACUCUUGAUGUACCAUUUUUUUUGGUCCACAACUAUGACCAUAUUGGUUGAGUGCUAAAUGCAAGUUAAGUCAUUUUUAAUAAAGACACAUGUUGAGAGUAGAUUGGCACAUUUUGCCAUUGUAUAAAAACUUAAAAAAUAUAUAUAUGUGAGAAAUAUUUCUUGAAUGAUAUUGGAAAAAGUGAGAGAAUCACCUUGUUGAGGAACUUAAAAACUAUUUGAGAAAUGAAGCUCGCAUUCAAUUGGGAUUACGUAGAUCAUAAAAUAAACACAACAGGCGAGAAAUAUGAGUAAAUGUUUUAGAAAAUUACUCUACGUCAUGUGAAGAAAGAAUGAGAUAUAAUGGAGCGCGAGACCAGAUGAAAGUAAAACCCCAUUUUCUAUCAUAUGUAACAAUCACGAAUCAAAAAAAGAAGUUCAGAAAGAACACGAGGUGAAGGAGAGAGGCGCCAGUACUUGCGUUUGCGUGCACCAUUAAUAUGGGUUUUUUUCAUGGGCUCUCCACCCAGAAACUCCAUAACAAACAAACAAAAAAAAGCCCGCAACUCUAGUGGGCCUGGCCUACUUCAUUAGCCUUAGAAUGGGGGCCCUGAGGCAAAGUCCGAGACCACAACUUGCAUGCGGACGAGCCGUACGUACGUGUACUCCCAUAUGCGCUUCUUCUGUUCUUAAUGGGCGCUGCGCUGGUACAGAUAAAAAAGCCCAGCACGAAAGGCCCGCAAGUCGAGUGGGGCUGGUCUACCAAUUCAUUAGCCUUAUAGAUUAGGAAGCCCAAAGGCUAGAUACGAGAGCGUGAGAGAGUGAGACCACAACUUGGCAUGCGAACUCACAUCACUCGUCACUUUCACUAGCGGUUUCCCGUUUCCUUUCCUUCUUGGUUUGGUCCCAACUCUACAAACCCUUCUUUGUCUUCUUCAUUCAACUAGUCAGAGAUCUGCCUCUUCUCCUCCUUCUUCUUCUUCUUCUUCUUCUUCUUCUUCUUCUGCUGCUGAUUGAAUGCGCGCCAGCCACCAUGGCCACAAGUUGCCGACUCACUUUAGUUUGUCCGUACGUAGUUUGAGCUGUCCUUUUGUGUGUUUUGCUCUGUUUCUGUACAUGAUCAGUCAGUGGAGAAUGUGGAUAGAUCCCUAGAUAGCAUGGGGGUAUCCUUGUCCUUUCCAGCACCUCGACCAUUGACAUGAAAUUGGUAUUUGGUCACUCUAUUUCAAGGCCACUAACGAAGAAAUCACUACCAGUUUGAUUUUUAACACGAUACGUCAUCGAGUUUUGGAACAAUUAAUAUAUAGUUAUAACUGGCGCCUGCCAUUUCCAUUUCAGAUAGAUGUUCGUCAUGGCCGGCGAUGUCAAGUCACUCAAUUCUGAAGGGAUUAUAUUGGUUUAUGUUAGUAUAUCAGUUAUGAGUCGGUCAAGCAACAUGUUUGAUUUUCAUAUUGAGUAAAAAAUGGACCGUACUAUUGGCUAAUUAUGAUUUACUUCACGCCCAUGCCUAAUCUUGAUUUGGUUUAGCUGGCUAAUAUGGACAGUUUUGAGGUUGAUGGACAAAGUGAUCGGUUCCGUCAAUUCAUCCCAAGUAUAGUGGCAAAUUUGUACAAAAUCAAAGUACAAUGAUCUUUUUGUCAACGACUUCAAAAUGAAGGACCCAUUAGCACAAUUGAUCGCCCUAAAAACUCCCUGGCCUCUGUUCUGCCACACACAACACUCCCUCCCUCUCUCCUUCCCCCCACCCAAUCCAGCAUCGCCACGUGACUGUCCUGCCACUUCAUUGGUGGACCCCCCGUUUCCACGCUAUCGGUCCAUCCACCCUGCCAGCCACCCAAACUGCUCACGUGGCUGCCUUCGUGUCAUCACCCGCCAGCAUGGAAUCCCAUUUCCCGCUUUUGCCUUAUUGGCGCUAAAAUUUCAAUUCAGUACAUUAAUUUUUCCUUCAGACGAUAUUUAGUUACUCUAAUUAUUAUUAAUAAAUUUGGUAUCAACGUGGUAAUUAUUAACUAAUUAAUAAUUAAAUUCUCCGUAGAUAUUAAUAAAUUCUCAGAAAAUUAAAAUGAGGAUCUGGAGGAGACGGAGAUUUCGAUCCCACUGACGGCAUCAACGAGGCUUCGGUGGCGUAAAUUACCAGCCGUAUAUUCUAAGUUCUCUCUUGACCGUCCGAUGAUUCCCAACCAACGGUCCUGAUCUCUUCUUACUCCCCCUUUCAUAAAUAAAUAAAAUAACCAGUAGGACUUUAGCCCCACCUCAGCUUUCUUCCCACUUUCCAUUUCCCCCUCUGACAAAUCUCUGAACCCUCACCUCCGCCGCCGCUGCUGCGGCCACCGCCAAAUGGCGUCUCUCGCUUUGACCUCUUCCUCCUCCUGCUCCCUCGCCUUCAAUUCCCUACCUUCUCUCAAAUCCCGCCGCUUUCCCUCCCCCACGCUCAGACCCGCUGUUCGCCUCUCCUCCCGACUCCACUCCUCCUCCAUUUCAAUCGCCGCCGGAGCAAGAUUCUCUCCCCUCGCCACUCCCUGCCUUCUGAAAUCGAAUGCCUCACGCACCUUCAGAAUCCGGGCCUCUUCCGAGGCUCCGUCUUCAUCUCCCGUUCCGGUUCCCGCGCCCGCUCCGGCACCGGCGCAGCCAUGGCAGGGGGCGGCGAUGAAGCCGUUGCUGGCAUCGAUCGCUACAGGAGUCAUUCUCUGGUUCGUCCCGGUACCGGAAGGAGUGACCAAGCAGGCGUGGCAGCUCCUCGCGAUCUUCCUCGCCACGAUCGUCGGAAUCAUAACGCAGCCCCUGCCGCUCGGAGCCGUCGCGCUGAUGGGGUUGGGGGCGUCCGUACUGACCAAAACCCUACCCUUCGCCGCCGCGUUCUCCGCCUUCGGCGACCCGAUCCCGUGGCUCAUCGCGCUCGCCUUCUUCUUCGCCCGCGGGUUCAUCAAAACGGGACUGGGUAACCGAAUCGCGUACCAAUUCGUCUCCCUGUUUGGAUCCUCUUCCCUUGGGUUAGGUUACAGCUUGGUGUUCAGUGAGGCGCUUCUCGCCCCGGCGAUCCCGUCCGUCUCUGCUCGAGCCGGAGGGAUCUUUCUCCCGCUCGUGAAAUCGCUCUGCGUCGCCUGCGGCAGCAAUGUGGGCGACGGGACGGAGCAUAAGCUCGGUUCGUGGCUAAUGUUGACUUGUUUCCAAACCUCGGUGAUUUCGUCGGCGAUGUUCUUGACUGCCAUGGCGGCUAACCCGUUGUGUGUCAAUUUGACUAUGAAUACUAUUAAGCAGACGAUUGGGUGGACUGAUUGGGCUAAGGCUGCAUUUGUACCUGGGCUGGUUUCCCUGCUUGUCGUCCCGUUGAUUCUGUACAUUGUUUAUCCGCCAACGAUCAAGAGCAGCCCUGAUGCGCCCAAAUUGGCCAGGGAGAAGCUGGCGACGAUGGGGCCGAUGACCAAGAACGAGAUCAUCAUGGCUGGAACUCUGCUUGUCACGGUGGGCCUCUGGAUAUUUGGUGGAGUGUUGAACAUCGACGCUGUGACCGCUGCUAUUCUCGGGUUGUCGGUCCUCCUAAUCUCCGGUGUGGUGACAUGGAAAGAAUGCUUAGCCGAAUCAGUAGCGUGGGAUACCCUAACGUGGUUUGCUGCCCUCAUCGCCAUGGCAGGGUACCUCAACAAGUAUGGCCUCAUUUCCUGGUUCAGUCAAACCGUUGUCAAGGUUGUUGGUGGACUAGGACUCUCAUGGCAGGCGUCGUUCGGCAUCUUGGUCCUCCUCUACUUCUACUCCCACUACUUCUUCGCCAGUGGCGCGGCUCACAUUGGUGCCAUGUUCACCGCAUUCCUGUCCGUGGCUAGCGCCCUGGGUACCCCGCCUUACAUGGGAGCUAUGGUGCUGUCUUUCCUCUCGAACCUCAUGGGAGGACUCACGCACUACGGCAUUGGGUCGGCGCCCGUCUUCUACGGCGCCGGCUACGUCCCUCUGGCCCAGUGGUGGGGAUACGGGUUCCUCAUCUCCAUCGUCAACAUCGCGAUCUGGCUCGGAAUUGGCGGCUUCUGGUGGAAGACCCUCGGCUUGUGGUAAACAGAAGAAGAGAAAGACAAGAAUUUGUCGAUUCUUUUUGCCAACCACUAGGUGAGUGGUGGUUUGCUGAGAAUUUGAUUUUUUGGCCACAUUGAUGAUUAUUAUUAUUAUUGGCCGGUGUAGUUACUAGGUGGUAAAGGUUGGGAAUGCAGUUUGAAAUGUUUGGAGCAUACGAAUUUGCCAGAUUUUUCAUUAGAGUAAGGGAAAAUUUGUCAUUUGUUGUAUAACUCGAGAACCUUUGACAUUUUGUAAGGCCCAUUCAAAAAUUGGCUUUCUCAUGAUGUGUUUGGCGGGAAAUUUUAACCAAGUGAACACUUUCGAGGUGAAUGUUCGUCGUUCCACUCGACUUAUCAGCCAUUGGAACCUUAUGCCAGCGCCACCAGUUCCACUUCUGGUUUUGCCUUUUGCGUAGAAAGAUUGCAACUUUAUGGUUCAAGCGCCACCAGUUCCACUUCAACAUACGCAGAUUCUCUUUAUCAGCCACAGAUUUCCUUACUUAUUAGCCCUUUUGUCCUGCCUCACUAGUCACUAUUCCUCUGUGACACUGCUCGUUCUUCCACCAUUUUUCUGCUCUGAACUAUGAAGUGUCAAAGUUGUAACCUUUGCUGACAAAACUACAAACCUCGCCGAUUCAAGGAGGGUGGGGGAGUGGAAAAGUGCUUUGAUUGCAUGGCGAUAAAAAGUUAAACAAACA